GUUGCAGUUCCAGUUGUAAAGAAGACUUGGCAGAAGCAUGCUGCACUGAUUGAAUACUACAGCGAUCAUGCAGAUGCCGCUAUACCAACAAUCAACUUAGGAGUGCCUAAUACAGAGAGGGGUCACUGUGGGAAGACAUUUGCCAUACUGGAGAGAUUUCUGAGUGAAGCUAUUCCAAAAACGAACUGGCUGGUGAUUGUAGAUGAUGACACGUUGAUCAGUGUUCCAAGAUUGCAGAAGUUGUUGAGCUGUUACGAUGCAAAUGAGCCAGUAUUUCUAGGAGAGCGCUAUGGGUAUGGACUUGGGAUCGGGGGGUACAGUUACGUCACAGGAGGAGGUGGAAUGGUCUUCAGUAGAGAGGCUGUUGUGAGACUUCUUGAGAGCAAUUGCCGGUGUUACAGCAAUGAUGCCCCUGAUGAUAUGGUUCUGGGGAUGUGCUUCAAUGGUCUGGGAAUUCCAGUAACGCACAGUCCACUGUUUCACCAGGCAAGACCAGAUGAUUAUUCGAGGGACUAUCUUGCUCACCAGAUUCCGGUUUCUUUUCACAAGCAUUGGAAUAUUGAUCCAGUGACAGUCUUUAAUACUUGGCUGGCAGAAGAAAAAGACUCAGGAUCCGAACAGCCACACACAAUGAUUAGAGAGGAGUUAUAAUAUUUAGAAUACCACCAAAUCUACAAUAUCGUGAUACUUCAAACCUGAGAGAUGAAUGGUUAAACAGAAUAGAUCAUUGAUUUAAUGUCAGCUGCAGCCAGUUCACAAUACAUGUUCUUAAUUAAGCAAUGUUUUUUGUACAUUUGACAUUUCUUCAAUACCUCGUAAACCAUUUGAGAUACAGACUUCAAAUUGUGUGUUAUAGAAGCUCAUUGGAAAAUAUAACAACUAUGAGUAUUGUCCAAAAAAAAAUGAACCCAUUUGUGAUGAUCAUUUUAUAAAGCUGCUGAACUGUUUACUGUAGGUCCCAUAUGUCAGAGACCACUUGAGGUACUGACUUUAUACAUGCAGGGUUAUAAACCACCACAGGCUAAACGUGCCAAUGGUCUUGACAUUGGACUCUGAACCAAUAUGCUUGUUAUGUUUAGGGCAUACAAAUUUUUUUAGGUUUCUAGUGUCAUUCAGUUUCACUGCCACAUUGUUUUAACUGCUGACUAUGACAGUGAUGGAAAACACUCUCUUUCAAAUAGUGUCUUCACAUUUUGCACAUGCAGUAGCUGUUUUGAUUAUUCUCUUUUUAUAAAUGUCACAGUCCAACAAAAAAAAGAGCCACUUUCUUGUCACAUUUGUUGUAAGGCCAUAUCAAACCAUUUGAGAUUUAGACUUCAUAUAUGUUGCAUUAAAUAAAUACCUCCGGCAAAUGUGGCAGUGAGCCUUCUUGACAUCUGUUCUAAUAGGACUUCCCUAUCAGCUGUUAUGUAACAUUUCUAUUUCCUAUAACUUACUUUGAAAUAUUAUCAAAACCUCUUCACAGCUGUGUCCCGAUUCUCUUGUUCAGGUUGUAUUAUGGAGGCUACUGGCAAUGAGAUCUUGUCUUCAAACGUGGUACACAGCAGUGUCCUGUGAUUCUUGGUCACCUUGGUCAUUGAUAUCAACCAAUAAAUAUUAAGCAUUUUGUGGCCGAAUUAGUUUUAAAGGAGUGCAUACAAAGGUUUUUGUUUGUUUGUUUUAACCUGUUGUCAGCAUUUGCAGCAUUGUCACAGUCUUUUUAUACUUUAAUUCAGUUUGUAGGGUUUUUAUUUUUAAGUCUGUCACAUCACUGCUACUUCCUGGUAUCUAAUUUGAUUUAUUUAAAUCUUGUGCAUACGGUCAUAUGGCCCGGUUUUACUUAUGUAGCAGUAUCUUUUAAAUACCUGCAUGUUACAAACAUUCCAUUGAAAAAAAGAGCAAACAAAUCUUCCACUGAAGAAACGGUGCAAAGGAUAAUAUUGCUAAUUGGGUUUUAAAACCUUGCUUAGCACUCAAUUAACCUUCCACUUUCCAACCACUAAUAUACCAUGUAUUUGUUGUGUUAACAUUUGUGUUUAGUUCAACGUGUAAUAAUUAUUUUUUUAUAUAUAUUUAUACAAUACUUUGAAAGUUACUGGUGUAGAAU